ACAACAUUUCUUGCUGUUCAGGUUGUCAACUUGUCCCGCUGCGUUUGUGAAAUGUUUGAAAUGCUUGUAUUUAGAGGUUAAGUGGUAAUAGUAAAACAAUUCCUGGAUUAUAUUGAAGCCGGUUUUAUUAUAAUGAAGAUUGUUGGAAAUAUUGAAAUAUGCAACCGUUUGCUUCCGUCCCUAAACAUAUCAGGGAAAGGACGUAAACAGUGGUCUUCCCUAGCUAUAGGAAAGCAUCCAGGACCAGAGGCAGAACUGUUUAUAUUACACCAAUCAGCUCAAAAUAAAUUGGGGACGAAAUACAAGGUGAAGAAAAACAUUGAACAAGUAUUUACUCGUUUUGUAAACGAAGGAAAGGCAACCAUCAGAUUCAAGCAACCACCUCAUGACGUCUGUAUUAUAUGUGACUCCUUACAACUGAAACUAUUUUUGAAAACAUUGAAACUUGGUUUGGGAGAGAAAGUGCCUCCAAGAUCAUUAAUGCUAUCCAAUAUUACUACUACAUCCAAGGUACCACCUAUCCCAAAAACAAACCUUGUCAUAUUAUCCAAAGCAGCGUACCCUACAUUGGAGGGUUUUCCUAGAACUUUGCAGGUUUUGAAGAUAAACCAUGCAAUGCAGAAAAGGUUUGAUAACAACAUUCUGCGCUUGCAGAACCUUAAAUUGCUAGACCUCAGUCACAAUGAUCUGACAUGUUUGCCAGAGGAGCUAGGAAUGCUUCCUUCUCUGGAAUGUUUGUACCUUUCUCACAAUAAGUUUGGUGAAACUCCAGCUCAGGAUUCAAGAUGGAAUUGGAUCAGUGGCUUCAGACUGGCUAAAUCAUUGCAGGUGUUGGAUCUCAGUCACAAUGAGUUACGUCUGCUACCAAAACAAAUCUCCAAGCUGAAAAAACUCAGCAUUCUGAAAAUUGAGAGAAAUCAACUAAGCCAGCUACCUCCGGGUUUAGGCAAUCUUAUAAAUCUCAGGUCUUUGGUGGCUGGAUACAACAGACUGCACUUCUUGCCUGGCAGCAUAAAGAGGUUGCACUUGGAUUCCUUGGAUUUAGCUCCUAAUUCAUUUGAAUCUUUAAAUAUGAGAAAUGCAAAUAAUCUGGGAGUUCUUAGUCUUCUGGAGUGUGCUGCAAGAAAAGUUAUCGAAUGCAGGUUAUUCUACUCCCCAGAAAUCAUUCCAAGAAGUCUAGUAUUCUAUCUAGAUAAUGCUCAUUACUGUGUUUGUGGAUCUGCUUGUUUUGAGGUGUUCUUGAGAAAACAUGUUCCUCUCCAAUUAAACCACAUAGCCAAUACUGUAAUCUUGUCUCACAAUGCUGACACCAUUGUGCCAACUGACACAUUUUUCUGUUCCCAUAAAUGUGUUAAUAUGUGAUGGAAGUUGACCAGCACUGAAAUAAUGUACUUUAAAACCCCACUUUUGUGUAAGAACUUGGCAAAACACAUUGCCCAAUAAAUCAGUAUUUUAUAUGGAAGUGAUUUUAGUGAACAAAUAUAUGUAUUGUGGUUGGACAUUAUGCUUAGAGGGCAUAUAUGUUAUUACUGUACAAAGUUCAAUGUUUGUUGACUUGCCUUCUAAGCAAAAUAAAGUAUUUUUGUGCAUAAUA